AAGGACUCUGCCAUAACAAUUAAAGCUCGAUUCACUCGGACAUGGCAGACUUCACCUUUGAUCGGAAAGGCCCACGUAAAAGCGCUCGCUUCUUCUGGGCACUGUUAUUCAACGUCGUCACACUGAUCUCAAUUUUUCUGUACAGUAGCAGCGUACGGAUAUGGAGCUGUUUGGAUUCGACGUGUCGGUAACUUGGGUGUUAGUUGUCGGAGUGGUGCUCAUGUUGGCAUGGUAUGAUCGGUGGUGCCACCAGUACUUCCAGAGACGAGGCAUCCCGGUGCCAGACUAUAUCCCCUUCUUUGGCAACAUCCUACAGUGGCGCCAUGGAUUCCAAACCGUCUUCACUGAUUAUGCCAAGAAGUACGGAAAAGUCGUCGGGACGUAUGACUUCCGAACACCAGUCCUGAUCAUCACCGAUCCCGAUCUCCUGAAGAACAUUCUUGUCAAGAACUUCUCCAGUUUUUGCAACCGCCGGAAAAUUCCACUAUCCCAGCGGCCACUUAAUCGGGGCUUGACUCGGCUAGAUGACGAGGAGUGGAAGGAGAUUCGUAAUGUGAUCACUCCGUCGUUCAGUGCCUCCAAGAUGAAAAGGAUGUCUGCGAUGAUCAAUGAAUGUUGCGAUACUAUGGUGACAAAUUUCAGCAGAUCGCGGGCUGGAGGAAAGGCAGUGGAUUGCAGAGAGGUGUUUGGGGCUUUUACAAUGGACGUGGUCGCCAGUUGCGGUUUUGGGGUCAAGGUUGACUCCCAACAGAACAAGGACGACCCUUUUGUCAAGUAUGCGAAGAAAGCGUUUGCAUUUACGAGGAUGAAUCCGUUUGUUUUGUUACUCUGUGCUUUCCCGUUCCUCAAGCAUGUCUUUGCCUUCUUGAAAAUUAACCCGGUUCCGCCCGACGCCAUCAAGUUUUUCAUGGACGUUACGGAGACUGCGUGCAAAAUGCGAUCGGCUGAGGGGUCUCAAGCAUCAAAGCGUGUCGAUCUUCUGCAACUCAUGCUGAACGCCCACAACGACGACGAGUUCGAACAGAAUGGCACUUCUCUCCCAGAGGACAACCUGAACAGGAGCGUGGCCCCUCGAAAACCCCUCUCAACCGAAGAUGUCAUGGCUCAGUCGCUCAUCUUCUUUCUGGCUGGGUACGAGACAACCAACACGCUGCUUAGCUUCACUGCUUACCUGCUGGCUACCAACCAAGAAGCACAGGAGAAGCUACACGCUGAGAUUGACAACCUCGCACCCACAAGAGACAACCUUGGCUAUGACGUCAUCGCCAAGAUGGAGUAUUUGGACAUGGUCAUCAACGAGUCAUUGCGCAUGUACCCUCCAGCCGUAGUGUUUGAUCGUGUGUGCAACGACACCGUGACUGUCGAUGGCCUAACCAUUGAAAAGGGCGUGCACUUGAUUGUAAGCACCUGGACGCUUCACUAUGAUGAACAAUACUGGGAAAAUCCCUCCAACUUCGACCCCGAAAGGUUCAGCCCUGAGAACAAGGCUACCAUCAAGCCAUGUACCUUUCUGCCGUUUGGCUUUGGUCCCCGUAACUGCAUAGGCAUGCGCUUUGCCUUGAUGGAAGCCAAGAUGGCGCUGGUCCGUGUGAUGCAACAGUAUCGCUUCGAUGUCAGCUCGGAGACCGAGAACAUGGAGGUGUUCGGGUUUGGAGUGUCGAUGACAUUGGUUCUGGUUGUCGGUACGGUGCUCAUAUUUGCCUGGUAUGACUGGUGGUGUCAUCACUAUUUCCAGAGACGAGGCAUCCCCGUGGCCGACUACGUCCCCGUCUAUGGUAGUAGUUAUUAUUUGCGUGACGGAGUAUGGAAGGCUUUUGAUGAAUACAGAAAGAAGCAUGGAAAAGUGGUUGGGAUGUACGGAUUUAGACAACCGGUUCUGGUCGUCAGUGACCCUGAAAUACUGAAGCAUAUCCUGGUCAAGAGUUUCUCCAAUUUUUACAACCGUUGGAAAAGGCCAAUGGUCCGUUAUGACCGUUCACCUGUCGGUAGAGGUAUGUUUUUCUUGGAAGAUGGAGAUUGGAAGAACAUUCGGAACACACUGACGCCGUCGUUGACUGGGGCUAAGAUGAAACAAAUGUCUCCGGUGAUCAACGAGUGUUGUGAUACUCUAAUCACAAGUAUUAGUGAGGCACGAACGGGAGGCAAGGCAGUCGACUGCAAAGCGCUGUUCGGUGCCUUCACUAUGGAUGUCAUCGCACGUUGUGCUUUCGGUCUGAAUGUAGACUCACAGAAGGACAAAGACGAUCCCUUUGUGCAGAAUGCGAGAAUUUUUCUUGACCCUAGACGCCUCAGAGGACCUCAUAUUAUACUCAGCGCUAUUUUUCCAGUACUGGCACGCUUGUUCGGCUUCUUGGGAGUGGACAUGGCUUUUGACAAAAAGGCUGCCAAGUUUUUCCAGGAUGUUACAGAGGCUACAUGUAAAUUGCGUGAAGAGGAAGGGGCAACAGCUUCUAAAGAGCGCAUCGACUUAUUUCAGCUGAUGCUGAACGCCCACAAUGACCCUGGCACUGAUCCAGAAGACACGCCCACUGCAGAGAGCGGGCCUGAGGGUGGCGUGGCCCAACGCAAACCCCUCUCAACAGAGGACAUAAUGGCUCAGGGGGUUCAGUUUUUCCUGGCUGGGUACGAGACAACCAACUCGCUGCUGACUUUCACCGCUUACCUGCUGGCUACCAACCAAGACGUGCAGGAGAAGCUACACGCUGAGAUUGACAACCUCGCUCCCACAAGGGACAACCUUGGCUAUGACGUCAUCGCCAAGAUGGAGUAUCUGGAUAUGGUGAUCAGUGAAUCACUGCGCAUGUAUCCUCCAGUAAUCUUUCUUGAUCGCUUGUGCAACGACACCGUGAACUGUGAUGGCUUUGUCAUUGAAAAGGGCGUUGCUGUGUUCGUACCCGUCUGGAGCCUUCAUCGUGACGAAGAAUACUGGAAAAACCCGACAAAAUUUGAUCCCGAAAGAUUUAGUCUUGAGAACAAGGCUUCCAUCAAACCAUUUACCUACAUGCCAUUUGGCCUUGGCCCCAGAAUCUGCUUUGGUAUGCGCUUUGCUUUGAUGGAAGGCAAGAUGGCGUUGGUGCGCAUAAUGCAACAGUAUCGCUUUGAUGUCAGCUCGGAAACCGAGAUUCCAAUUCCUCUGGGUAAGGGCCUGCUCCUUGCCCCUGCCAAACUGAUGUUGAACGUCGUCCCGAGAAACUAGCUCUCAAAAUGUCUAGACCACUAGCGUGCUCUCCACGUUGCAUUUCCCCUUUUGUAGACAUAUUUAUACCAAAGACAAAAAGCUUCUAUCGCAUACUACCUAGAUUUAGUACCAAAGCGCUGACAAGCGAAACCUUUAACCACUGGAUAUUAAACUUUAUUUUGUUUGAACAAGGGACACUUAAUCUAAAAGGAUAAUUACUUUGUAUUUCAUUUGUGUACAAUUUAUACCAUACUGUCUUCAAAAGCUGCAGAUAAGCCCAUUGAAAGGUACUUUAGUUAGGGCCUAUAUAUGAAAAUUUUAUUUUUGUUAAUUUUCGUAAGCAAGGUAUUGGAAUGAAAAGAAAGAAAGAAAAUCAGCAUACAAAAUGGCUGUAAUUGUUUUUCAUUUUGCUGCUUAGGGACAAGUGACAAGCAGUGAGUUAAAAUAUUCGAUUAAUUUAGGCUAUAGUCCGACAAUGCUUUUGUGAAAUCUACGACAGCACUGUUUCAAUUUCCCAUAUAUUCCAUGCAUCAAAAUCAAUAUCUUCAAUUAAAACCUUACUAGAAAACGUGUAGAACCAAUGGACAGAAAAUCGUAAUGUCCGUGAAUAGUUUUUCAGUUCGUUUUUUUAAAGAAAUUGGCUAGUUACAAGUCACAUGAGCAGAGUUAAAUUUAUUCUUCCAUCGUGUGAGUGUUAUUGUCUUGCAUAUUAGAUCGUUUUCACUCCAUAAACUAUGAUUACCAGUGUAUAGUGUUUGAUUUUACCAGAUACUGUCCAAUAUCUUUUCCUGCUUUUGCUGUCAAGUUUACGUAAAGAUUGGUUAUUUUGCUCCUUUGACUGUAGCGAUAAAUAUCACGAUGACAUCGUUAUUGUUUUGCUUGAGAAACAAAUUAUUAACAUAGUUACCGACAUUGUUUCACUUCGUUUAAAACAUUGUCACAUUUGUUUAGGUAGACUUUUGUAAAAUCGUUGUAAUGCCAUUACGUUUUUAAGUUCAUUUUGCAUUUCAAAAUGUGUUAGGAUGCAUUUAAGCUGUGGUAAAAGGUCAUAAACAAAAUCAUAUUUUCAUAGGUAAUUUGUUUAAAAUCAUCCUCAAUGCAUAAAUUACACUGCUUUCCUGGGAUAAAGGUUGCGUGACCCUGUGCUUAAAUUUAGUACAGUCAACAUUUGCAAGGUUAAAGGUGUACAAUUGCACUGUUCACUGUAGAUAUGGCUGUCAACGUAAACAAGGCAAUAAUGACUGUAUGGCUAGUUCAAAGAACUUUCAUAUAUUAUGACGAAUCUUAAAUUGAAAUGGAUGGACAUUUUUCGUAAUACAAAAUGGCGGGAGCACAAGAAGAAUCAAAGGUCAUGAUUCUGGAGGCAAAUGACUUUUUUAUCUCCAGGGUUGAAUGCGGAUCUGUUGAUUUCCAAUCAGUAAAGUAGACAUCACUGUCGAAAUUAAUAGACCUCAAACAUAAUGACACAACGCAGGUUUUACCUCAGUGCAUUGUGGGUAAAAAGUGGGGAUAGAAAUCAAAGAUGGAGGACACGACUGUCAGUCCUCUACUCGCAGGAUAGCAAAAAGUGGGCACAUAAUGAAUGUACGUAAGGAGUGUCCCAAGCUGUGAAAAUUUACUGGCGCCUUUGAAUGACCGAGUCUGUG